AUGGAGGAAAAUGAUCAGUCACAAAAUAUCCCCUUGCUAUGUCGCAAAGGAUGUGGAUUUUACGGCAGUCCAAAUUUCGAUGGAUUUUGUUCUAAAUGCCAUCGCAGUAUGCAGGUCCAAGCUGAAAGCGCACAGGCAGCAUCACGUGUUACAUCGGAAUUCGAAGACAAACUGUCUCCUGAAAGGAGUAUGAAAAUAACAGGAUCAUCCGUAGACAACUCCCCCAAACGUGAGUCAGCACUAGUACCUCCUGUGACUAUCAAGAUUUCUGCCGAAUCCCAUUCAGAUUCUUCGCUCAAUGUCAGCCGUGAAGCGAACUUUACUUCGUCAGCCCCUGAACUAAACGCAGAGAAUGAGGUAUCUGCUGUUGGGUUAUCGGACUCCCUAAAUGAUGACUUGCGGUCAGAUAGUAAGCCAGAUUCACCCGCAUCGACGUGCUCCUCCGGACCCACUACAAAAACCAGACCACGCUGUGCUGUUUGUCAUAAACGUGUGGGUUUGACAGGUUUUAGUUGCCGCUGUGGUGGUCUUUACUGUAGUCUACAUCGCUACUCUGAUGCACACAACUGCUCUUUUGACUAUCGAGAAUCAGGUCAGGAAGAGAUCCGUCGUUCUAAUCCUCAAAUAGUUGCCAAAAAGUGCAGAAAAUAUGA